AUGGAAAAACAGGGAAGCAGCCACCAGCUGGACACCUUCGCUCAACUGGACGGCGGGGCGGCGCCGGAGGAGCCGAUCGGUGGCGGCGCGGCAGCUGAGAUGGCGGACUACAUGCUGGGCCAGACGACGCCGCUGCCUCCGGGAGGGCCGCACGGCCAGGUGUCCUUGGACAAGCUCAGCUUCUCCGACGUGCUACAGUUCGCCGACUUCGGCCCCAGGCUCGCGCUCAACCAGCCGUCCGCCGACCACGACGACGCCCGUGACGACGACGAGGAGGACAGCUACUUCUUCAGGUUCCAGUCCCAGCUCUCCGGCUCGGACGACCCUGAUCCCCGCGGAGGCGCAGGUAUCCUCCACGCGGCGGAGCACGAGGGCAGCAAGACGGCGGACGGAUCAGGAGGCCCGCACGAUCACGGCGGCGGCGUCUCCGAGAGCACCACGCUGGUGCAGCAGUCCGACGGUGGCGGCAGGGUAGGCCAGAAGGCUGGCGGGGAGCAGGCGAAGAGCGGGCGGCGGAAGCGGCCCAGGUCGACGAAGACCAGCGAGGAGGUGGAGAGCCAGCGGAUGACGCACAUCGCCGUCGAGCGCAACCGGCGGCGACAGAUGAACGAUUACCUCAGGGUCCUCAGGUCCCUCAUGCCAGGAUCCUACGUCCAAAGGGGAGAUCAAGCAUCCAUCAUAGGCGGAGCCAUAGAGUUCAUACGUGAGCUAGAGCAGCUAAUCCAGUGCCUCGAGUCACAGAAGCGGCGGCGCCUGUACGGCGACACGCCACGGCCGGUCGCUGACGCGUCCGCCCCGGUGGUGCCGGCGACAUCCAUCCACGAGCCGCCGCCGCAAGGGCACGAGGCUGCGCCGUUCUACGUCUCCCCGAGCCUCUCGUUCCCCGGGGCGGGGAACGGUGACGGUGCCGCCGGAGCCAAGGUGAUGAUCGACCUCGACGCGUGCGGCGGCGGGCUCCGGGAGGAGGUGGCCGAGAACAAGUCGAGCCUGGCGGACAUCGAGGUGCGCGUGCUGGGCGAGGACGCGGUGAUCAAGGUCCUGUCUCGCCGCCGGCCGGAGCAGCUGAUCAAGACCAUCGCCGUGCUGGAGGAGAUGCACAUGUCCAUCCUCCACACCAACAUCACCACCAUCGAGCAGACCGUCCUCUACUCCUUCAACGUCAAGAUCACGAGCGAGCCAAGAUUCACGGCCGAGGAGAUCGUUGGCGCCGUCCACCAGAUCCUCAGCUUCAUCGACGUCAACUACACGUUAUGA